AUGAGCGAUUCUCCUCCUUCUGUACUUAUUCUUGCGGGCGGAUAUGGAACUAGGAUGCGCCCAUUAACAUUUACACGGUCUAAACCAUUAAUAGAGUUUUGCAAUGUACCUUUAAUUCAGUAUUUACUCGAUGCAAGCUUAAAAGUUAAAUGCAAAUCAAUAAUAGUAUCAAUUAAUAAAUGUCAUCAUGAUGUAGUAUUAUUUGUCAAACAGUAUUCAGAAAAACAUCCCGAAGUUGAAAUACAUUUUUCGAUAGAAGAUGAAGAGAGCGGUACAGCAGGCGCAAUUUUCAAAGCAAAAGAUUUCAUCGGAACAAACAGAUUUAUUGUUCUCUCAUGCGGUUGUUUAACCUCUUUCCCUCUUGCAGAAUUAAUUGAUUUUCAUAUUAAACAUAAAUCCGAAGCUACAUUGCUAUCUGCUCGCGUGGAAGACUGCUUCUUUCUUAACGUCAUAGAAGAGGAUGAGCAUGGAACAAUCACAGCUUUUAAUGAUAAACCAAGUUCGAAGAAAAAGAACUGUUUAGUUCACGCCGGAUGUGCAAUAUUUGAACCAGAGUUUAUAAAUAGAAUUACUGAUGAGCACUGCGAACUCGGAAAUGACUUAUUAUCAAAGUUAAUACCUGAAAAUAAAAUCUUCGCGUACGAACAUCCUGGAGUCUAUAUCAACUUCGCGGAAAUGCAAGACCUAAUAAGUGGCAUCAGUUAUUACGCUAAGGACAAAAGUGUUGUUGUAGAUUCAACAGCAAAAGUAGAUUCCACAGCACAAUUAGGCGAUUGCGUUGUCAUUGGCCCAAAUUGUGUUAUAGGACCCAACACAAAACUUGAUCAUUGCGUUAUUUAUAGCAGUUCUUCCAUCGGAAGCAAUUGCGUCAUCAACAAUUCAAUUAUUGGCUGGAAGAAUAAAAUUGGGGACAAUGUGAUUAUUACUGACAUGUCUGUUCUUGCAGAAAAAGUCACGGUUCACUCCGAUACAGAAUUGUCACAGUUUUAUAUCUCUCCUUACAAGACUGUGAAUGCAUCAAAUGCAUUCAUUACGCUGGCGAAGGUUAUUAUAUAA